UCUUCGAUUUAAAUACUGCGACAACAACCACGAAAUUUAUCAGUCAUCGAGUUGUAUUUGUCGCCGACAGAACAAACACAAUAUUUUCUCACCGUUCAAAACGACAUCCAUUCAAAAUGAUCGCCAAGGUAUUCUUCAUUGUCGCUUGCGCGUCCAUCGCCGCCGCCCAGUACGCAGCUUACGCCCCGGAGCCCAAGUACGCACCCAUCCCAUACAGCUUCGAGUACAGCGUCAACGACCCACACACCUACGACGUCAAGAGCCAACGCGAAUCGAGCGACGGAAACGGCAACGUCAAAGGCUACUACAGCCUUUUGGAAGCCGACGGUUCCACCCGCACCGUCGAAUACACCGCUGACGACUACAACGGAUUCAACGCCGUCGUCAAGAACUCCGCCCCAGCUGCCUACAAGCCAGCUUACUCCGCACCCUCGUACUCUGCCUACAAACCGUCAUACUAAUAGUUUUUUUUUUUUUCCCCAAAACAUUCUAAUAUGUGAUCCCCAACAACGUCUAUCGCUUCUUCGUCUCAUCAUGUUUUCAUCACGCGCACGCCUUCCGAGGACAUAAUAUUAUUAUUUGUGAAUCGCUGUCGCAAUAAUACUAUACCGAUGUAGGUACACGACAACGGGUACGAUCUGCUGUGGGCGGGUGUGUUUUAUUGUCACCGCCGCCGUCGAGACAAUUUAAGACGGACACAGAGCACCGAAACGGAGCUCUGGCACAA